CGGGGCAGCUGUCGCAGAGCCAGGAGGGAAGUCAAGACAACGGGGUGGACACGGUGUGAUGCUGUUCCUGGUUGAAAUAAAAUUCUGAAUUCUGCGGUUUUAUUUUUUUCACAGGUUCCGCGCGCCUCUCGGUCUGUUGGUUCUUCGAUUUCAUCAAGGAAAAGACUGAAGCAAAUUAUGUUUGUAAAUUGGGAUUAAUCAUUCAAAAGUGAUACUGUUGUUCACCUCCGGCGACAACGUCAUGGUCCUUUUAUUCCGAAAAAAGUUUGACGUCUUUUCCUUUCGCUCUUUGCCAUUUUGAUGCCCUCGUUCUGCUUUUGACUUUUUCCUGUAGUUUUGAUGCGAAGUUGUAGCAGCUUUAUGAAGUGAUAAUGUAGUCACAUCUGAAUCUAAAGAUUCAGCACUACUAAAUAAUUUUCCGCCUCCUGUGCUUGGCUCAAAAAUUUGCUGCCAUAUGUAUCGGUACACCUCGCACUGUUAAAAUUUUCCGCGAAAAUGCAGAAGGAAUGUACCGACUAGACCAGCCUUGCAUAUCGAUGGUAUAACAGAUAGUUAUCAUUUUCCUCUAACCCCUCGACUUUCAAUAAGCAUUUAGCAGAUCUAUUGCUCCACUUUUGUUGCACGGCAAAAUCUAAUUCAGGAGUUUCUGAUUCAUUUUUUCCUUGUAGCAAAAAUCGUAGCAAAUAGAACCCUGUUUUUUUGAUUAAACUCUACUGCUUCUUGAAGACGAAUUCCUAGCAUUGUUAAUACAACACUCGGAGGCCGCAUAUGAAACUGGUUGGAAAAAUAAAACGUCGCGUUGCUCUGUCUUGUGUCUCUCGGACACAAAAUAGGCUAGCAGAGACAAACAUAGGUCAUGUUUUAGGAAUGUUUGGGGUCGUUUGCCAGGGAUGCAGUAGAUAUGUGUGAAUUUGAAACGCCCACUCCAUUGUGAAUUUCAACAACUUACUAUAAAACAACCCUCUUGGAAUAUAAAAAAAAACAUUAGCCCACAGUGGGUUAAUUAU